AAGACCGAGAUAAAACAGGAUGGCAUUAUUCGGCAAGGCAUCACCCGCAGUGGUGGAAAUUCUGAACAAGUUACAGAGGGCUGAAAUACCAACAAAUUUUGAUCACAACCUAUAUGAGUAUGGGUCUGUUCGCUACAACAUCCAGGCAUCAGAAUCAAGUCCUCAAAUUGUUAACCUGUCGAUAUGGAUGCCACCAAUAUAUCUUGAAACUGCUUCAGAUUGUCUACCAAAUUGUACCAUUCAAGACAUCAGAAAUUUAUAUCUUGGUGCUGCAGAACUAGUAGAGCCUCCAAAGCAAGGUUUCAUGAUUACUCUGAGAAUAAAUUUCUCACAAUUCCCAAAAAGAAAAGAAGCUCGUAUGAUGACUAUCACUGAGAUUUCCUCAAUACAAUCAGUCAUACUGAGUUUGCAACUGAAAGAUAUGUUGUGUAGCCUCAAACUGAAGGACGUGGGCAGUGGGAUCUGCAGACCAGUUAAAAUUGUUUAUCAGCCCAGAGAGCCUUUCUUUGUCAUCAAAAUGCCAGAAAAGGUCACUGUGAUAUAUCCCAUGCGCUUCAAAGAUGAUUCAGAUGUUGUUCUAGCAACAUCAUUCUUUCAGGAGCUUGUAGAUGUUAGCAACUCAGCAGAAUUCUCCAAAGCGCCACGAUGUACCUGGUCGCCAAUCCCUCCUCCUGAGUUGAGACGAGAAUCUUUCCAAAAUCUAACAACAAAUGGAGGAUUCGUCUCCUUUGAAAUUUUCUCACAACAAAUCAAAGUCGGUGCAAAAGGAGAAAAUACUGUCAGAAAUUUGCUGACUUUUAUUGCCUAUGUUAAGUAUCAUGUAAAGUGUACCAGAAGCUUUAUUCAAAGAAAGAUGAGGCAGCGUCAGGAAAGCCUAAGUGAGAUCAUAAGAAAUGCAAGGAUAGGAGGGUACGAGGACAACAAAAAAGACCAAGGUCUUAAACAUGCUAAGAAAUGGAAGAAUUUCUCAAAAUCAACCAUAUUCAAAGGGAGGUAUGGCAUGAUAACAAACCAAAUCAAGAAAUUCAAUUCUGGGAUCAGAAUAAAAUUGCUACUUCGCUUGCGACGGCAAUGGCUCAAGAUCCCACUAUUGAGGAAACAUAGAAAAUCAGACUCAUCAUCAUCUAUCUCUCAUGUUCACUAAUAGAAGUGCAACAAAUACUACAUGUAAGCCUAUCAUAGUAUUCCAUUGGCAUAAUAUCACAUAGUUUGAAUUUUAACCAAAACUAUGUCUUCUCAUUGUUCUAUGCUUUUGUUCUCUUAGGGUAGGAAGGAAAACUCCAUAUCAAGAUUCAGUAUGCCAGCUCAAAGUGCAUGAGAAUAUGUGAGAUAUACAUUGUCUUAAACACAGUUAACUGCUUACUUUAGUGGGCAUGCUACUGCACGCAGCCCCUUCUAUGGCAGUCGCUUCUCAAAUAAGGGGUUUAUCAUUAAUCAAUAUCAACGCUGCUCUCAAUAUAUCAUCCUCCAGUUACGCCACAAAGUAGGGUUUGUCAGAUCAUAGCUAAAAUGAAUUAUCUUAUAAAG